AUGGUAUCAUUUAAAACAUUUCUUUUAACCUUGGUCCUGUACAUGCUCCAAGGAGCAGGCACUUCUCUCAUUAAGCUGAAUAACAAUGGCUAUGAAGAUGUGGUCAUUGCAAUUAACCCAGACUUGCCUGAGGAUGAAAAUCUUAUUCAGGAAAUCCAGAACAUAGUAACAGAGGCUUCAACUUACCUGUAUCAGGCCACAGAAAAAAGAUUUUACUUCAAAGGAGUCUCCAUCUUGAUUCCUAAGACAUGGAAGACAAAACCAGACUAUCAGAAACCAAAACUUGAGAUAUAUGAUAAUGCAGAUAUCUUCAUUGAAGUCCCAAAUCCUCCAGGCUAUAAUGUUCCACGAACUGACCAGAUUAGAGAGUGUGGAAAAAUGGGAGAAAGAAUUCAUUUAACUCCUGACAUCAUACUGAAUAAAAUGGUGAAAGAGUAUGGACCACCAGGUAAAAUCUUAGUUCAUGAAUGGGCCCAUUUGCGGUGGGGAGUGUUUGAGGAAUACAAUGAAGAGGAACCUUUCUACAAGUUUAAUGGAAAAAAUGUACCAGUAAAAUGUUCUGAUGCUAUCACUGGUACAAAUAAGGUGAAUGUAUGUUCUGGAGGCAGUUGUUCCAUCAGAUCAUGCAGGACAGAUCCAAACACAGGAAAGUUUCAAAAAGAGUGUUUAUUCAUACCUGACAGAGGACAGACUGAGAAAGCCUCCAUCAUGUUCAUGCAAAGCAUUGAUUCUGUGGUUGAAUUUUGUAGAAAAGAGAACCAUAACAAAGAUGCUCCAAAUGCUCAAAACCGGAAGUGCAACCUCCGGAGCACAUGGGAAGUGAUCCAAGAUUCAGAAGACUACAAGACAUCCACUCCUAUGACAGCAGCACAACCACCAAAACCCAGCUUCUCAUUAAAGCAGAUUGGAGAAAGAAUCCUAUGCUUAGUUCUGGAUAAGUCUGGAAGCAUGGCGAGUGGGGACCGGCUAAACCGACUGAAACAAGCCUCAAAACUCUUCUUGCUUCAAAUCAUUGAAAAAGGAUCCUGGGUUGGAAUGAUCACAUUUGACAGUGCAGCCACUAUUCAAAGUGACCUGGUACAGAUAGAGACCGAUGACCAGAGGAACACACUCAUUACAAAGUUACCUGGUAUUGCUUCCGGAGGAACAUCCAUCUGUUCUGGACUCAGAGCAGCAUUUACGGCAAUCAGAAAAAAAUUCUCAACUGAUGGUGCAGAGAUUGUCCUUCUGACUGAUGGAGAAGACAGUACUAUCAGAACAUGUUUUGAAGAAGUAAGACAAAGUGGAGCCAUUAUCCACACGGUCGCUUUGGGACCUUCUGCAGACAGAGCCCUGGAGGAGCUGUCAAAAUUGACAGGUGGUAAGCGGACUACUCCUACAGACAAUGCCCAAAACAAUGGGCUCAUUGAUGCCUUCAGUGCCCUCUCAUCAGGAAAUGGAAUGAUCACCCAAAGAUCCAUCCAGCUUGAGAGUAAAGGAGCCACUCUGAAGGAUGGGGAGUGGAUGAAUGGCACAGUUAUUAUUGACAACACAAUAGGCAAUGACACACUAUUUCUUGUCACUUGGACAGCAAACCAACCCCAAAUAUCUGUCUCAGAUCCCAGUGGGAAAAUAUAUAGCAAUUUUUCAGUGGAUACAAACUCCAAAAUGGCUUAUCUACAAAUACCAGACACUGCCAAGGAUGGAAUUUGGACUUACAGUCUUAAGUCAAGUGCACAGACACUAACUAUGACAGUAACCUCUCGUGCUGCAAACCCUUCUGUACCUCCCAUUACAGUGGAUGCUAAAAUGAAUGAAAAUAACAGCAGCUUCCCUAGUCCAGUGAUUGCUUAUGCAGAAGUUCGCCAAGGAUCCCUGCCUAUUAUAGGAGCCAAUGUAACAGCUCUCAUUGAAUCAGCUGAUGGAACAACAGUGACUCUGGAUCUUCUGGAUAAUGGUGCAGGAGCUGAUGCUUAUAAAAAUGAUGGUGUCUACUCAAGGUAUUUCACAGCCUAUAAAACUGAUGGUAGAUACAGCUUAAAAGUAAGAGCCCUGGGAGGAACAAACACCCAAAAGUCAAGACCUCAAGUGAACGGAGCAUUAUAUGUACCAGGAUGGGUAGAGAAUGGUGAAAUCAAAAUGAAUCCACCAAAACCUGAAAUUAGUGAAGAUGAAAUUCAAGGAAAUAAUCUAAGUUUCAGCAGAACAUCCUUAGGAGGUUCAUUUAUCUUAACAAAUAUUCCAAGUGGCCCUAUACCAGAUAUAUUUCCACCAAAUCAAAUUAUUGACCUGGAGGCUAAUAUCGAAGAUAAUCAUAUUAAUCUGACCUGGACAGCCCCUGGGGAUAACUAUGAUGAGGGACAAGCUCAAUACUACAUUAUAAGAAUGAGUAAAGAUAUCAUCAAACUAAGAGAAAACUUCGACACUGCUACUGCUCUCCAAGUGAAUACUAGUGACUUCAUUCCAAAUGAUGCUAACUCCAAAGAAGUCUUCAUGUUUGAACCAGUAGAUUUGACUAUAGAAAAUGGCACCACCGUCUUUUUUGCUAUUAAGGCAGUUGAUAAAGCCAACCUGACGUCACCUAUAUCGAACAUAGCUCAAGCAUCUCUAUAUGUUCCAGAAGUUCCAGCUGGUGUUAGUAUUUCAACAAUAGUGUUGUCAGUGGUUGGUGCAGUUGCAGGGAUUUGCAUCAUUGCAGGUGUCACACUCUGCAUCCUCAACAAGAACAAAAGGUAACAAGACUAAAGAUGGAAUUAUGAGGAAAUCAGCACAAAAUAAAAGAAUUCUCUGAA